AAAAUUUAAUAAAUAAAUUAAAUAAAGGAUCUGAGAAAACUAAACCUUAUUCGGAUUUUAUUUCCUCAUUAAACAUUAAUUCAUCAUUUAUAAAAUUUUUAUUGAGAUCAAGUGAUAUUGUAGAAACAAUCGAUUUAGAAGAUAAUAAUAAUAUUUUAAUUAAUGAUGACGAAGCUUGGAAACGAUUUUUAGCAAUGUUAUUAGGAGAAAACGUUGAAACAGAUGAGUUAAAAGAGAUAAUUAAAUCUGUUGAUUAUGCAAUAUUUACAACAUCAAUAAGCCUAGAACCUGUAAUAUUGAAUUUGAAAAAAUUAAAUCCGAUAGAAUGCGAGAAUAAAAUUCCGAUUAAUUCGAUUCCCGUCCAAAUAAAAAUUACAUGUCGUACACCCGAAGUAUUGUUACUUGUUGAAGAAGCGUUAUUAUCAAGAUUACAAGAUUUUUGUAUUGAAGUUCAAAAGGAUGAUUCCGUUGACUCAGUUGAAUUAGUCUCCAGGAUAACUAAUAAUCAUUCCGAAAAACCUAUAAUAUCAGUUGAUUUAACCAAUCAAUUAAAUCUUAUAAAAGAAGAUUAUGAUAUAUUAACUAAAAUGCUUGAUGAAAAACCAAAUGAUAUUAAUUCUAAAGCUAACCAAGAAGGUAUGAAUAUGCAUGAAGAGAAAAAUGAGAUGUCAUUUGAUAAUGCUUUUGGCGAUUGGAAUGAAUUAGGAAUGCUGGCUAAAAGAUUAGAGGAUAGAUUUGUCGAAAUUGUUAAAAUCGUUAGAAAAGAAUUGGAAAAUAAUUGGGUAAAUGGAGUUGUUGAAAUCUAGACAUUUUUUUUUUUUAUUUCCUUUUACUAUAUAAAAGGAAGUUUUUUGAUCGAGAAAUAUUCGAUUUAACAAUUAAAA